AUGAGCUACGACCUUAUGAACCCCCGCGAUGAAUUGACCAAGCAUCGCGCUUCUGUUGUCAAUCUGGAAGUCACAAUCGAAAAUUACAUUGCAAUAAGUUCUCGACCCAAGAAGCUCAAUCUCUACUUCGUAUACCACGCCAAAUUCUUCACAACAAAAGGAGACUGCAGUACCAAGCCCCUCCACUGCCCUAUUACCGUGGCCGAAAACAUCUGGGAACAUGGCGCGUUCAAAUCUGACACCUGCAUCUUCGAAAAAUCCCAUAUGCAUCCAGUCAGCACUUCUAUGAUAACUGUAUCUUGGCAUAGUAUUUGCGGUCCAGAAGAGGAAACAACAUGCAGUAUAUACUGCUCUCAAUACCGCCUAACAAAGUGCUUUUGGAGUAGGGCGCACCGAUGCCGACCUAGCAGCGUCCUAUGUAUGCUUAACAGGAUAGUAGCAUAUAGUUUAGGUGGAGAUAGUGCGCAUUGGAGUCAAGUAAGGCAGAUAUCUGGCGAGGUAGCAAAAGGUGGAUAUCAGUUGGCGACAGACGAGGAUUCGAACGCGUCAUCCGCUCCAUAUGUAGAUGAUCCUGUAGAACCAGCUUUCCUUGUCGCAGAGGUGAGGUAUUGGCCAUUCUAUUGGCACCUGCACCUGGGACCGAAGCUAGCUCAGCACCAGUCCGCCAGACCAGAAACUUCCCCUACCCUCACGAGUUCGUGGGUCAUGAGACUGAAUUAG